AAGGGAGAAAAAAUGAAGUUGUUUGGUGAAAAAAAACGAAGUAGGAUGGAUUUCCUGGUUGGAGCCACACCCCAGAGAGAGAAGGAGGCAGAGAAACGCUUUCAGAGAGCUGCAACUGGUUUCUGAUCCCAGUUCUUCAGCUGCAUGUCGGUGAUCAAACUUGGACCUCACAUUUUGGAUUUUUCUUCAUUAAGCUUUGAGGACAUUCAAGGAUCACAUUUUUUGAGAAACCAACGUAUGGAUAUCUGGAUUUGACCCUUUAUACCUCCUCACAGUUUUUUUUUUUUUUUACUCUGAGGUGGGUAUAUUUAGGGAUUGACUCCCCUGAAAGUCUACAGUCGUGUAGAUAGUUUUUGUCUGGAUGCCCCAGGAUUAUCCCCAGGCUGCAGUUCCUUCUCAGGCCUGCAGGGCGGCGGCGGAGAUCAACGGCAGGCCGCUGGACAGGCAGAGCAUUGGAAUGAGCGAUUUCUGGCACAAAAUGGGCUGCUGUGUGGUGGCUAAACCCCCACCGAAGAAGAAGAGGAGGAAGAUCGAUCGCAGUAUGAUCGGAGAGCCGACAAACUUCAUCCACCUCACACACAUCGGUUCUGGAGAGAUGUCAGAGGGCAUGCAGCCGUCUGGGUCGGUUCAGGAGCAGAUGAGGUCCAAAGGCCCAAACAUGAAUGGCAGGAACAGCCUCUUAUAGCUGGAUUGCAUUAAAUGGAUUCAGACCAGCUGACUGACCUCCUCCACACCCUGAACUUCUGAGCCUUUCCUCCAGCAUCCAGCUAAAGGCUUUAACAACCCCACUGAAGUGUCCCUGAGCAACGGCUGCAACACCGAGGCCCCUUUUUGGGGGAAAGCCCAAACUGAAAAUGAAUAGAAUAACAUAAACCUAACAAAAUGUCCUCCUAGAAGUCUGGAUAAAAACUUUCCAUUCAGUUUUUUAUUUAUUUAUAAGACUUUUAAAGCCCCAUCAGACCCAGAUUUUGUUGUUUAAAAAAGAAAAGUCAAGGACUACAUUUCCCAAGAUGCCUCAGAACCUCCUGUUUAUUUGUAUUUUACAAGCAACCAAUGCUACACCAGAUAUUUUAUUAUAACAAUUAGUUUUAAACAUAGAUAUCUAAGAUAAAACAUGCUUCUGUUGCGCUCGCCUGAAGAAUUUUCUCCCAUCAGUAUUAAAUUAAGAUUAGCCCCACUGGACUCCAUUUCCCAGAAUCUUUGAGUAAUUAAAAUAUAAAUGACAGAAAGUCUGUAUUUGUAUGGGCAGGGAAAAAAACUAAUGAGAAAAAGAAGAAAAAAUUUCAUGAAAUGAAUUUGGGAUUUUUUUUCCACCUUUAAUUGUAAAUUCAUUCAGUAUUCACUUAUGGUGUACACCUUGGUUUAGUUAAAGGGUUUCUGCUCCUGAAUCUUUUUAUUGGUUCAGGAGUCCCAUUGACCACAAUGAUGACAUCACUGGACUUCAUUCCUCAGGAUACUUCAGUCUGGCCAUCCCCACCGCUGGUGCUUGUUGAUGUCAGACUCUUAUUUUAGGAGAUGGGAAAGUCCCAGGAAACUCUGCUACACUGGAUCUGACUCUGUGUGUGUGUGUGUGUGUGUGUGUGUGUGUGUGUGUGUGUGUGUGUGUGUGUGUGUGUGUGUGUGUGCGCUCAUAUAUAUGUAUUUGUGGGGACCAGCGUCAUUUAUAGACAUUGGUGAGGAUAUUUAGGGUAAGUCCGGUAUUCAGAUUUAGAAGCAGCCCUGAGGUCAUGGGACUGCAUCAUGUCAGCGAAGACAAGACGAGAUUGUGUGUGUGUGUGUGUGUGUGUGAGAGAGUGUCAGUUAUGUUAACAAUUUCAUUUUAAGUAUAAACAACCCACCUUUUGUACAAACUUUCAUUUUCAAAAUUUUUGGUUUUGCUACAUAUUUGUUUAUGAUAUAACUUCACUAAAAGUGUUUUUCUGGGACUUUAAAUGCCCUAAAAUAUCAUGUUCAAAUAUUUCACACACUAUUUUUAAAACAUUUCAUCCUGUAUCUGGUAGAAAAUCUUAAGAUUUACUGCUCUACAUUGCGGAGUGUUUGAAUGUUUUUAAGCAAAUUUAUAUUAUUUGUAAAUUUAUGCUGUUUCGGGUGAUUUACUGUCGAAAGUUUGAUGAGUUGUCUCACACCGAUGAGCUUUUUUGCUUAUUUAGUAUUUUUAGGUAUAUUUGGGUUAAUAUGUGGAUGAAUGUGUUGAAAGAACUGCAACAUGAAAUGUCUGAACACUUUAGGAUAUUGUGGAACUGAAAAUAUUUAGAAACGUUGUGCAAAUUAAGAUUUUUUAAAAUAAAAAAGACAUAUGAGAAA